AUGCACUCGGACUCUCCAUCGUUACUUCGUUGGCUGAGGGCACAAUGCUCGCGCCGGCGCUAUCAGUGCGCCUUUGGAGCCGCGAUCCUGAUUCCCCUUCUAUUCCACUUCCAUACGACAGUGGUUCCCAUUGAAUCCUCCCGCAGGCUGACAUCGCACUUCUCAAAGCCAUCCAUGGCCCGCGAGGUGUCAGCUAGAAGCCUUCUUUCACGCCCAAUCUCGCAGGACACCUUCACGAUUCCCAAGAUCAUCCAUCAAACUUGGUUCCCGGCAGGGAGCAACAUGUCCGAGCGGGCACAAUCAUGGGUACAGACCAUGCGAGAACAGAAUGCGGACUGGGAAUGGGUUCUGUGGGACGAUGAGACGAACAACCUGCUUGUUCAAACCUAUUUUCCGUGGUUUUGGGAUAUUUACUCAGGACUACCGAAAGAGAUCCUGCGAGCCGACCUUGUCCGCAACUUUUACAUGUAUCUCUUUGGCGGAAUGUAUGCCGACGUAGAUACUGAAGCUCUCAUCCCUGUUGAGCCGCUCUUCACCGGCCAUGGAACUUCAGUGGCGUCGCAUCACAAGACUCUGUCCUCUUCGCCUCCCUCUGGAUCUCCCUUAGUUCAGCGAGCAUUCAUGGGACGAAUGUCUCAUAGCGACGACCUCAUGGCCUCAGCAGCGGUGCCUAACGGGUGGAUGGCGUCUCCACCGGGCCACCCGUUUUGGCUCAUGAACAUCAUCUUCCUGAUGGAGCAUCCCGAGGGAACCGGCGACGGGUCUGUAGAAGGACUGACUGGGCCAGGCGUGCUCAGUCUCAUGAUCAAGCAUUAUUACGAGAACUUCAAGAAUGAGUCAUUGAGGCAACAUGUCUGCGAUCGGGCCCAACAACGGCAGCCCUCUUGGUCGAUUUUCUGCGGGGAGGAAUAUGUGCACAAUGAAAAGCUAAGGGACGCGCUAAUCCUGCUUCCGCGCCAGCAGAUUUAUCCCUACAGCUGGGCGGACGACAGAGACUCGGUCUGUCUGGCAGCUCACGAUAACCCCUUGUUCGAUGCGGACGAGUGUAAACGGCUCAUGGAUGUGGAUGCCUGGCCGAGUUAUUUCAUUACCUACUGUACUCAUUCUUGGUAG